AUGGUAGAAGAAGCUCAAGGUAUGAACGUUCACAUUUCGAUGGAUGAGGUGCUGAAGGCGUUGGCCGACGGACGAUUGAAAUUGACGACAAAGACAACCGAAGGAGCAGGAACUGGACUCGUGGAUUCGAUUUCGAGAAGAAUCGCAAAUUUUGAGUAUGAACCAGAAGAAGGUCAGGCAUUUGAAGACUGGUACUUGAGAUAUGGAGACACCAUUACGGGUGAAGGCACUGAUUUAUCAGAUGAAGCCAAAAGAAGACUAAUAGUGAGCAAAUUGAACCAAAGAGACUACAACUAUUUUACAAAUAGAAUCCUACCAGAUAAGACGAGUGAGUUCAAAUUUGAGGAAAUUGUGAACAAACUGAAAGAAUGUUUUCCAUCGACAAGAUCAACAUUUGCAAGAAGAAUGGAAUUUUUGAAAAUCAUAGACGAAGGCGGCGAUUUAGGAGAAUACACCGGAAGAGUGAAGAAAGCCUAUGCUGAUGCCAAAUUCAAUGAGAUGAGUUCUGAACAAGUGCAGUGUUUGAUGUGGAUAAAGGGUCUAAGAACUAACGGAACAGUUGAUAUAAGAGCUCGGGCUAUGCAGAUCAUGGAGACAAGACCGACGACGACACUUAUUCAAUUGGAGCAUGAGAUCAUGAAGUUGCUAGAGUUCAGAGAAGACGCCAAAAACAUUGGGGGAUGUAGAACUAGUGAAGAGGUAUUUGCUGUGAGAAAGAUGAGAACUGAGAAAGCGAAUGAACAGAAAAGAUCGAGCCAGAGACACUUGCAAAGAAGAAAGAAGCAACGUGAGAACGAAGGAAGUUCUGUAGAUGAAGAUGAUUCGGACGAAGAGAAGCCGACGAGAAAUCAUAAUCAGAGAAAGAAGAAAUGCCAUCGAUGUGGAGGUGAGCAUAACGCAAUGAAUUGUUGGGCCAAGAAUAAGGAAUGUUUUGACUGCGGACGCAGAGGACAUGUAUCCAAAAUGUGCCAAGAACAACAAGAUGAUGAUGAGAAGUCUGACCGGUUGUGUCACAGAGCUAUUUAUGCAGAAGAUGACAGUUAUGAGAAGACUCGGAUCUAUCGAACUAUUGAGGUGAAUGGACUUGAUGUGAAGAUGCAGGUGGAUACCGGUGCAGACAUCAGUUUUAUUAGCAGAGAGGACGGGAAAAGAUUGAGAAGACCAAAGUUGAAGAGAACAAAAACUGAAAUUUUUGAUGCUGGCGGAUUGAAGAUGCAACUGGAUGGAACAUUCAAGUGCAAGAUCAAAUACCAGGGAAUUGAGAAAACAGUUGAAGCUUACGUCGGAGACGCGAAGAGUUUGUUCGGUUUGGAUUGGUUGAAGAAACUUCCGGAAGUGCUGAAUCUCGAGAAGAUAUGGAUGAAUCAUAUAGUUGCGAAGACCCCGAACAGAAGUGGAGACAUCUACAAAGUCAAUGGUGUAUACGUGAAUGAUUCGAAGCCGAGAAAGGGAUCGACAGAGGUCGUGAAGAACGGAUCGAUGAAGAGACAUGUGAGACGUUGGCCAGAUGAGAAGUUUGUGAAGAUUCAAAGGAAUCGUGAAGAGACUGGAAAGGAGAGAUUCAAGAGUUUCGUGACAAGAAGUCCAAAUCCUGGUCGGAAGGAGAAAGUUGGAGCCUUUGAGAGACACGAUCGUUGGAAAAAGAAGAACCCUAAAGAGAACUCGAGAUUGCAACCUGAACUAAAAGUUAGUUUUCCAGAGACAUUGGGGCAGCAUGCACAGUGGAAUCGUGGCUGGAAUCAACAAGGAAGUAGCACACCAUCGUUGCCAAUCCCACCACAGGCCAGCUUUGCAAUGUACCCAUGGAGAAACAAUUUUGGAUGCUCGGAGAUGACCGGACGAUACGUGUGGAUUCCAAAUUGUUACGAGAUGAGAAUGAUGAGUGGACCAGAUGCCAAUUGGAGAGGAUUCCAUCAGAAUGACGUGGCACCCGUGGACUUUCGCUGUUAG